GUUCUUCUGCGGCUUCCGUACUUCCCGACGUACUGAUAUGCGAGUGCUUUGUUUAUUAAAGUCAGUGGUUAAAUAUCUGGUCAAGGUAACUUUCAUUGCUUAAAUAUACAUGCAAGUUGUGUGCUCGGGAUGGCUAAUGACAGGCUUAGAGCGUUAGAAGAUGUGGAGAAGGAGAUCGCUUUAGUGCUGCAGAGCGCAGGAACUAUUGUGCUGGAGCUUUCUAAAGAGAAGGCCAAUGCCAGUUUAUUAGACCGACAGCUGAAUCAGUUCCAGACCUCCAUCAACAGAGUUGAGAAUGAACUGAGUGCACAGAUCCGAUAUCUGACACAGGUGGCAACAGGUCAGCCUCAUGAGGGAUCGACAUACUCAGCCAGAAAGGACUGUCAAAUGGCCUUAAACCGUGCAGAAUAUGCCCGUGUCAAACUGGGAGAGCUGGGACGUACUUGUGAGAUAAUGCUUGAACCACAGACGUAAAGACGUAUUAAAUGGACUGUUACUUUGUAAUAUUUGUCAGCUGACUUCAUAAGUGUCUAAUCGUUUGAAAUAUUGUAUGACAAACCCAGUGAUUUGCUUUGAAUAUCUUCCCUGUGUUGUAAUGGCACCAAAGCUUUUGUCUUGUUGAGAAAUGUUAUAUGUAUGAGGAAACAACAACAUUUUUUUUUCACUAGUAUUUUAUUGAAGGGAACAUAAGACCUCUCCAUUCUAUUAUCUUGUAUUGUUCAUCACAGUUGUGAUAAUAUCAAGUUCACAGAACAAGGGUUGCAGGGUGUACAUCAAUACAAUAAUAGGCAUUUAUAUUACCACACACACAAAGA